CGCAUGGACCGCGGCGCAGAGUUCAGCCGCUGGAAGGCGCAGAGCCUGAGCAAGGCGGACCUCAGCCGGAAAGGCAGCGUGGACGAGGACGCGGUGGCGGUGGUGGAGCUCCUGAACUCGCGGGAAGAGUUCUUCACCACCAGCUCCUGCGCAGGCCGGAUCCUCCUCCUGGACGGGAGCCCAAAUGAUUCUGGGGUUCAGAAACAGCACUGUUGCUGGCUGCUGGUCACACACAAACCUUGUGUGAAAGAGGAUGUGAUGGCAGCUCUGCAGGGUGCGACCAGCAGUGCCGUUCUGAAGUUCGAACCAUUUAUCCUCCACGUGCAAUGCCGGACUCUGCAGGACGCACAGACCCUGCAUUCAGUGGCCAUCGACUCUGGCUUCAGGAACUCUGGCAUCACAGUGGGAAAGCGAGGGAAGACCAUGCUGGCCGUCCGGAGCACACAUGGAUUAGAAGUUCCAUUAAGUCAUAAGGGAAAAUUGAUGGUUACAGAGGAAUAUAUUGAGUUCCUACUAACUAUAGCAAAUCAGAAAAUGGAGGAAAACAAGAGAAGGAUUGAAAGGUUUUACAACUGUCUACAACAUGCUAUGGAAAGAAAAACCAUUUCCAACUCACAUUCUGAGAUCAAAGAGAAAAAUAACCCACUUUGGACUCAUAAGAAUAAAAGGAACCGAGAAAAAGCACAUGACCCAUCUUUCCCUGAAGACAAAGAAAAGGAGCUGGAAGGUGGCGACGUCCUGGGAGUCAAGGCUGUGUUCUCCUCGGAGGAUGACUAAGACCUGGCUCUGGCCGUGUCCGACACACAUUAUAAAGAUGCUCUUUACAAGAGUGCUGUGUUUGCUGAGUGCGUCAGCCCUUCGGGUACAAGAGUUCAUUCCUCUCUGUUUCAGAGAAGCUCGCAAGUGUAAAUGGCUUUUCAAAGGAGCUUUGUAUGUAUUUGCUCUCUGAACACUUUUCUUAAGCCUAUGAGGAGUCACUCUGCAAAUAAACUUACAACUUUUGAUGCCUGA